AUGGCGUUCACACUGAUUGAAACUAGUAUUGGUGCUUUAUUCAUCCAAUUAGCAACAACUAAUUUUUAUUGGCAAUUAGGGGAAACUAUUGGUUUCUCAUCAGCUCUAGGUAAUUUAAUACUUAAACGUAACUUGGCUCAUUUACCAGUUUUAUCAGGUGUUCUUGCUUCAAGUGCUUUUGUUUCCAAAUGGUAUCCUCAAUAUGUUCCAGAUUUUCCUGUUUCAAAUUUAACUUCAAGAUAUGGAAUUAGUACAACAAUAAUAUUAUCCAUUGCAGGUUUACUUGUUGGUUUAGGUCAUAUGAUUGGUGGCAUUUCAAGAUUAAGAUUAAGAUCAUUUGUUGCUGUUGGUGUCUUCUCUGGUUUUGCAAUGUUAUUAAAUAAAACCUUAGAUCUUGGGCUAUACAACGGUACAGGAGUUAAUUAUGAACUUUCUUUAAAUACGUCAUGGUUUAAUGAAAAUAGAGGCCUUUUGUUACUUUUAAUCUCAAGUGCUUUACACGUUUAUCUCUUUUUACCAAAGUUAUCACAGUCUAUUAAAUCUGAUUGGUAUAAGCAAUUUAAUCGUUUAUUUUCUGGAUUUUUAUUUGGUAUUGGAUUACAUGUUUCAGGUAUGGUCAAUGUCUCUAAAACUAUUGGGUUCUUAUCACUUUUUGAUUUGAACAAAUUUGAUCCAUCACUAAUUAUGAUUAUGAUUUUUACAGUAUUACCGAAUAUUUUCAUUUGGAGAUCAAUUGAAAAACCGUUAUUAUCGGAAAAUUUUAAUGUCGCUAAAUCUAACAAACUACCUUUGAAAUUUUUAGUUGGUAAUGCAAUUUUUGGUUUAGGAUGGGGUAUUUUAGGUAUAUGUCCAGGUCCAGGAGUUGCAAAUGUAUUCCACUACAGUUCAAUUGGUAUUUAUCUUGUUUCAUUCAUUAUUGGUUAUGGAUUUGGAUCAUUUAUAUAA